UUGCAUCGGGGUGUCAAGGACCGAGCAUGUGUAGUCUUGUUUGAUCUGUAGCAAUUUAUAGUGAUCUGUAGUCGUUGCAACAAUGCAUUUUCAUGACUUAAAACAUUGGCAAAUUUUUAAUACGUUAGAACCAAAGUUUAUGUCGAACAUUCAUAUAGCUGUCGUGUAUGAUUACUCAGGCAACAAAGCUUUAUUAGUAACAAAUAAUAACAUGGUAUAUGAAAUAGGAACUAAUACAAAUGGGAGUCUUGGAGCUGGUGAUACUUAUGACACAUUUGAUCCAAUUCCAGUUGAAGAAUUAUGUAACAAGGAUAUAAAAACCUUUUCAUUUGGUAAAGAUCAUGUUCUGGCUCUUACAAAGCAAGGACUGGUAUAUUCUUGGGGAAGAAGGGAUCAUAUCCGUUCACACUCAUCUUUAUCUAAUAGAACAUUUGUUACGAAAAAUGUGAAACCAUCUAUUAUGGAAAAUGUGAAACCAUCUAUUAUCAUAGAUACUCUACCUGAUGAACAUGUUGUGAGUAUAGGUUGUGGAAGUUGUCACUCUCUUGCAUUGACAAAUACAGGAAAGGUAUAUGUAUGGGCAUAUGCUAACGGUACAAGAAUAACAUAUCCUGUUUUAAAUGAUAAUAUCAUUGUUUGUUGUGCUUGUGGUAACGAGUAUAGCAUGGUAGUUACAAUAAAAGGAGAAGUUUAUGGUUGGGGUGAAAAUAAAGUUGGCCAGAUAGGUGUUGGUAACUGUUCUGAUGUAAACGGUCCUUGCAAAAUAAUAGCACUAAAUGGUGUUGUAAUUGAAAAAGUAGUUUGUGGUUACAUGCAUACCCUAGCUUUGAGUAAUGAAGGAGCUUUGUAUGUAUGGGGUGGAAAUAGUUCUGGGCAAUUAGGUCAUGGUUCUACACUGGAGAAUAAUCCCGUUCCAUUUAAGUUGGAAGUAGAAGAAAUGGGAAGAGUACAGGAUAUAGCGGCUUUGCAUUGCAGUCAUAUAAGUGUAGCUAUGGGAAAAGAGAACCAAGUGUUUAUCUGGGGACAGUGUCUAGGACAGAACAUCAUAGCCCCAAGAUGCACACCAUUACGAUGUUUACACGACGCUUUUGCGUAUUAUGCGUGGCCUAGGGUAACAUAUCAGCCGCUCGUUUUUAAUAAAAAAGGUUUAAGUUUAUCGAAUAAUUUGGAUGAAGCGUUUGACGAUCAAGUCACUAGUGAUUUCAUUAUUAAAGUGCAAGGAAGACACAUUCAUGUGCAUAAAGCAAUUUUGAAAAUACGUUGUCAAUACUUCAGAACAAUGUUUCAAGACAAUUGGGCAGAGAAUACUAAAAGUGAUGUGUCAAUCGAUAAAUUUUCUUACGAAGUAUAUAGAUUAUUUCUAAAAUAUUUAUAUACCGACAAAAUUGAUGCAGUUUCCGACUCCGAACUAGUGGAACUUCUGGAGUUAGCCGAUAUGUACCUCGUAAGUCACUUAAAAGAACAUUGUAUACAGAUGUUGAUGAAAAAAAUUACAUUGAAAAACAUAGCCUGUUUUUAUACUAUAUCUUUUAAAUAUCAUACUAAGGAACUAGAGAAAUGUUGCUUCAAAUUUGCAUUGAAUCAUAUGACUGCAGUAAUCCAAAAUUCAGAUUUUCUGGAGUUGGAUAAAAAAAUUCUAAACGGUUUUUUAAUUGAAGCUGCCCGAGCUGGUGCUUUUAAAACAUAG